ACGGCUCUGAGCUCUAACCCGCUCCUCGCCCGCCAUGCUCGCCUCCCCCUUCGACCACCUCUUCCUCCUCGCCGCAGCCUCCGCUGCCGCGGCCCUCCUCUCAAUCACCCUCUGUCUCCCCUCCCUCCUCCUUUACGGCCUCCACACCUACAUUCACCCCGAUAACCCCGGCGGCGACGGACUCCGCGCCGUCCUUCGCCGUCCCUCUGGUCCAGACGCCCCCCCUGAUCCCAAGCGCCGGCCCAGAUCCUCCUCCGCCUCCCACCACCGUGUUCCUGGCUUUGACGAUGGCAACGCCCAGCUCCUCCGCCUUCGUCUCUCCGAUUCCCAUCUACGCACCCGCCUCCUCUUCCCCUCCUUCCGCGCCGCUUUCGUCGCCUCCGCCGUCGCUCUCACAGAUCUUGCCAUCCUCCGUCUCCUUCUUCCUCCCGAUCCCUCCCCCGCUGCCACGACUGUCGCUUCCGUCGCACUUCUCGCUGUCGCUCACCUCCUUCUUCUACUCUCCAAGCUCUCCCUCGAGCGAUCCGCCUCCAAGCGGUCGGAGAAGGAACUGAGCUUCGUCGCCGGUUUCUUGGGCUUCCUCUCUGCUCUACUUAUAGUCUUCGUCCUCUCCCCCUAUCUCUUCGAUUUCGAGCUGGGCGGGGUCGACGCCGGAUCCACCAAGGCGACGGUUUCGGUACUUGCCGGCGUCCUCGUGGGGCUGCUCUUCGUGCCGGCAUCUCGAGCGGCACGGGCUUUCUGGCUCGGGACGGAUCAGCUCCGGUGGGACCUUGCAGUGGUCUCGUGUGGCGCCCUCAACCAGGUUCUCCUCUACGUGGCCGUCCUUGCAGCGGCCGCUGCACCGCUUCUCUGGGUGAUCCCGGUGGCAGUGGUGCCGGCUGGUGGUGAGGUCGGGUCAGUCUGGUUCAGGGAGUUCAGAGUUUGGGCUCUCAUUGCUUCUGCCGUCUUGCAGCUUAUGGUGCUCCGCCCUAAUGUUCAAAUGUACCUUAACGAGGCCGUGGUCAGCUGGUAUCAGCGGCUGCACGCUAGCCGGGUGCCUGACAUGGAUUACGGGAGAGCAAAAGUGUUUCUACACAAUCACUACCUCUGCUUGGUGGUGCUCCAGUUCUUUGCACCACCGGUUAUGGUUCUGCUGUUGAUUGGGUUAUCUCAGGUUAGAUCUGACUUGUUUGGUGGUCUAUUUUUCAUGGGUGAUCUUCUGCAUUUCUCUGACCUUGUAAAAGAGAUAGCUUUGUUCUUAGCUUGGUGGAUUAUGUUUGCUUGGUCCAUAUUGACCAUGUCAAUCCUCACUUUAUAUCGAUUUGGUUUCUUGUUUGUGUCUUGAUUUGAGUUUUUAUUUUGUUUAACAUUGCCUUCAGAAAGAUGGGAGUUGGAUUAUUUGUUACUCAACAAUGUUAAAGUAAUUGGAUAUUUAAUUUUGAUUGAGGAGCUUGACACUUCUAUCUUAUUUAUCAUCAAUGCAAUCAUCCCUUGUAUGGUUA